CUUUCCACAUCAAAGAAAAAUUCGAAAGAGAAGUAUAAGAAAUGGCCGCGCUAAUCUCUCCUCUUCUCAUUCUCUCGCUUGUUCACGUUGGUAGUGCUCUGAGCUUAAACUACUACGCCAAGACUUGCCCGGACGUUGAGAUGGCCGUAACGGAGGCCGUGAAGAAAGCAACGGAUAGCGACCAAACAGUUCCUGCAGCACUGCUUCGCAUGCAUUUCCAUGAUUGUUUCAUCAGAGGUUGUGAUGGUUCGGUGUUAUUGAACUCGAAGGGAAAUAACAAAGCAGAGAAGGAUGGGCCUCCAAACAUCUCACUGCAUGCCUUCUAUGUGAUUGACAAUGCUAAGGAAGCAGUGGAAGCAAUGUGCCCUGGUGUGGUUUCAUGUGCGGAUAUACUAGCCCUUGCUGCAAGAGAUGCAGUGGUCCUGUCUGGGGGUCCCACAUGGGAGGUUCCUAAAGGAAGAUUGGAUGGCAGAGUUUCCAAGGCCAGUGAGACAAGUCAAUUGCCAGCUCCCACCUUCAACUUCUCCCAACUGAAGCAAAGCUUCUCUCAAAGAGGCCUCUCCACAGAAGAUCUGGCAGCACUCUCAGGUGGACACACCCUAGGGUUCUCUCAUUGCUCCUCCUUCCAAAACAGAAUACAUAAGUUUGAUGCUAGCCAUGACGUCGACCCUUCGUUGAAUCCUUCCUUCGCAGCAAGCCUUCAGAAGGUGUGCCCUGCUCACAACAAGGUGAAAAAUGCAGGAUCAACAAUGGACACGACAACCACAGUAUUCGACAACAUUUACUACAAGCUACUACUGCAAGGGAAGAGUUUGUUCUCUUCAGACCAAGCUCUUCUAACUAAUCCCAAAACCAAAGGGUUAGUUUCCAAGUAUGCUAGCUCACAAGAAGCAUUCAAUAAACGAUUUGUCAAGUCUAUGAUCAAAAUGAGUGAAAUAACGGGUGGACAAGAAGUGAGGUUGGACUGCAGGGUGGUUAGGUCACAAUGAGAACUUAAAAUAGCAAAUGUGACGGUGAUUAUCGUGAACUUUGUAAUUUAUCAUCUAGGAUUUGUUUUAUGCCUUUGUGUGUGCAUGGAGAAUAAAGAGGUGUGGAAGCAAAAGAGAUUUCACCUUUGAACUGGGCUGCCUGUUGUUACCUUGUGUACGAGGGGAAAAAAUCAGCAAGUGCUAGCAUAAACAUUAGUGAACAUUGAAAGCUUGCUACUGUGAUACUGUUUUUUGCACAUUAAUUAAAUUUAUCUGCUUUCUAUAUUCUACUUUA